UCACUCCGCGUUUCAGUCCAGCUUCGUUCUGCCAAACAAUCGGACGUUUUUUCGUUUUAGAGAGACUUUUCACUUAGGACGAUCUGCGAAAUGUUGUUUCAUCCGGUAACGCUAGCAGCGUUGUUUCUGCUGGGCAGCGCUUCGGCACAAUGCAAUGUAUCGGUUCCGAAUCCGAUGGUUAAGAAAGGGACGAUAAACUCUCGAUUCGAAUUUGCCCUCGACAGCCUUAAGAAAAUGGUAGACAUCGAUCGCACCGGAAAUAUCUUCUACAGUCCUUAUAGUCUUCAUCAGGCGUUGAUGUUGGCGUUCUACGGCUCUCGUGGCUCCACCGAUACGUCCUUGAGGAAAGCUUUGCAUAUACCAAACGAUCUGACCAAGGACCAGUUGCGAGAUUACUAUUCCCUCGAGAACUUAAGCAGAAAGCCAGAUCUUCAGAACAAUGGGCCGGCUGACUACGAAUACGAAUCGGCAAAUCGACUAUGGAUAUCAGAUACCAGGAAAUUGGAAGAAUGUAUGUUAAAUGUGUUCAAUGAACAAUUGGAACGGACUGAUUUCCGUACAAAUCCGAGUGCCGUCCGGGAUCGUAUCAACCAAUGGGUCAGCAAUGUGACAAGAGGACAUAUUCGUGAUCUUCUGUCUGAUGACAGUAUCUCGGAGAACACCGAUUUGGUGUUGGCGAAUGCGGUCUACUUCAAAGGACUCUGGUUAAGUCGUUUCGACAGCGCCAACUCGGAGAACCGCCUCUUCUACACUUCCGGCUCGCAGCAUUCCACGACCACGUUCAUGCGACAAGAAGGAAACUUUAAUUAUGAUAAGUCGGAGUCGCUCAGGGUGCACGUGUUAGAGCUGCCAUACAAAGGUGAAAAGGUGUCGAUGUUCGUCCUGCUGCCGCCAUUUGCGAAUCCUGAAAAUAACAACAAUGAAGACAGUUUACGUCAACUGAUCGAACGCCUCUCAAACCAGGCAGGAGCAGAAGCACUUAGGUCGCUCUUCGACUCUGGUAUAUCUUCGCAGCAAGUCGAGGUUAUGUUGCCGCGAUGGGAAAUGGAGAAGGAACUUCCACUAGGAAGAUUGCUCCACGAGCUCGGUGCGGGUGAAUUGAUGAUGCCUAAUAAGGCAGAUCUUAGUGGUUUUCUCAAGGCGGGUGAAAAACCUUUGCAUCUCGGGGAUGCGAUUCAUCGCGCUAAAAUUGAAGUCACCGAAGAGGGCACCACUGCAGCUGCUGCCACCAUCCUCUACUCGUUCCGAUCUGGUCGGCCAUUGGAACCUGCCGUUUUCAAUGCUAAUCAUCCUUUCCUUUAUUUCAUUUAUGACAAAUCGACGCAAUCCAUUCUCUUCACUGGAGUUUUCCGCACUCCCAGUCCACCAAAAAAUAACGCCUGAGGCAUUCGUUGAAUCGACGUCGAUUUAGUCGUUCCUCGUCUUUUUAAUAUUCGCGGAUGAUUUGUGGAACUUAGGGUACAUUGACGAUACACUGUUUCAUAUUUAGCGCCGUAGAAACGUGUGUCGGGAAAUUUGGAAAUUAACUUAGAAAGUUUUUAUCUUAAAAUUAAAGAAUCUUCGCGUUUUCAGAUUGGUCAACUCUUAAAUUUACUGUUUCAGAAGUUGUACCUUACAAAUCUUUGAGUUUUUAAAUUUUUCAAUUUGCGAAGUUGUCACGCGUUCAAAUCAAAUUUAGAAAUUUACGUAAUUAUAAAGUUUGUUGUUACGAUGAUAACAGAGAUAUUUCUAUUCUCCCAUGUUAUUGCAUGACGUCAUGACGAUUUAAUCUAACAUUGUAUCCUAGGUUUGUAGAACGAGUGAGACUUGCGUGUAUGAGAAUUGAUGCGUUUUGUUGUCUAUGAGAAAGAUGGUUAGGUUUUCGCGCAGCAUUAUUACUUAGGAAUUUCUAUAAAUAUCGUUGUUAUCCUACGAUACAAAUCCUCAAUUGUGUAAGUUGCAAUAUUAUAAGAAUUAAAAUAUUUUUAUUUGGCGUAUGUACAAGUUUCUGAUAAUUUUGAGGAUAAUAAUGCUGUGCGAGAAAUGUGUGUGUUCUGGUUGUGUAUAGAAAAUUAAGUGUCUCGAUGUAUUUAAUAUUUUCACUGAGUGAGGAAAAAGAUAAUAAUUUGUAUCGUUUACGAUAAUUUAUUCCUGUUAUGUCACGAAAAACAUAAGGAGCGAACAAAAGAUUAUUAAAUAAUUUCGAGUGAAAGAAAAUGCGUAUUGUACUAAAUAUUUUGAUACUCAAAUGAAUUCAAUUGCGAUUAGAAAUCUGUUCUAUCCAGAACACUAAAUUUUAAAAAUAUGAUCGAAUUUUGAUCAAUUAACAGACUAAUUAAAAUUAAGAAAUAUUGUAGUGAUUCUGUACCAUUUUAUAUUUUCAACAUAUACUUAUUAAGUUUUGUAAAACGUAAAAACUGCUAUCAUACAAUUAUAAGAACAAUAUUUCCUGAACUUAUUUAUUUUUCAUGGGUAAUUUUAAAAAACAUGUAUGGUGCGU